AGAAACCUGCAGCUUCUGUGCGCGCUCCGACAAACACGCAGCCGCACGCGCACGGCGGCCUCGGACCGGACGGACACAAGCACCGAGAAGAACCGUGAGCAUGACCGCGGGAACCACGCGCUGCUGCCCGGUACCGUAACGGCCGAGGACCCGGGGACCGAGGCGGCUGUUUCCGGAGGAGAAUCACUGAAAACAGAGGUGAUGAGGGGAAACCUGGAGGCAGCAGCCCGUUUCUAAGCAACACCAACCGCAACACAGCGAGCGGCGCCUCACAACAUGGGCUACAAGAUCCCCUCGGCGGCGAUGGACCGAGUCAGCCUGCUGUGGCGCCUGAGGCGUCGGGCUCGCCGCGGAGCGCUCUGCAUGGCCUUCUUCUGCAUCUCCAUGGCUCUGCUCUACGCCAUCUGUGCCGAGAACAGCGUGCCCGUCACGGACGCCAUCUUUGGGGUUCGGGCGAGGACUCGGGCUCAGCCUCGUGCACACUCCGUCAUCAAGGUGCUGAGAGGCGGAGCCAAGCCCAUGUACAUCGACCCUCAGAAGCUCCCGGGGGUCGUCCCAGGUGACCCUCGCCGUCCAAUCCCUGUCCUCUCCUCUCCGAACCACACCCACGAAGCGGUGGACACGACACCAAAGAAGAAGUCGAGAGAUCGGGAGCCUUCUGGGUUCUUCGCCCACCUGCUGCCGCGCCCCUUCACUCGCGCACUGGAGACCCUGUUUGGAGGCCGGCGCAGGGGGGAGCUGAGCGGCAAAGGGGGGGACGCAGAGUUCUUCGGGCCUCAUGGGCUCCUGGGAGAGGUGUGGGAUGAUGAGAUGUCCAGUAGCAUGCUGGGAAACCGACUGAGAAAGGUGGUGCAGAACUAUCAGGCGAUGAACAAAUAUGGAGUUGAGACUUCCGGCCCCGGGGGCGUCUCCAGCCGACCGAAGCUGAGCAGCCCUGAGCUCCUCUGCCAGCUGAGAGACCAGACAGAGGUGGCGACCUUGACCUCUGACCUCCAGCCCUUCUCCUCGCUGCCCUUGGCCGCCCAGCUGCCGCCGAACCCGCUGACCUCUGACCUCGGGCCGUACAAGAGCUGUGCCGUGGUGUCGUCGGCCGGGUCGCUCCGCCACUCCGGACUCGGCAAAGAGAUCGACUCCCAUGAUGCCGUGCUGCGCUUCAACGCCGCGCCCACCAGCGGCUACGAGAAAGACGUCGGAUCGAAAACCACCAUUCGCCUCAUCAACUCACAGGUGAUGGCGUCUGACGACCAUCACUUCCUGUCCAGCUCUCUGUACAGCUCGGGGGCUCUGGUGGCCUGGGACCCCGCCCCCUUCUCCGCUGACCUCACUCAGUGGUUCAACAGGACGGACUACCCGAUCUUCGCCCAGUACCAGAGAUACAGACGGCUCCAUCCUCUGCAGCCUUUCUACAUCCUGCACCCGCGCUUCGAGUGGCAGGUGUGGCAGCGAAUACAAGACAACAUGGCGGAACCCAUCCAGAAGAACCCGCCCUCCUCCGGCUUCCUCGGCACCGUCCUGAUGAUGUCACUGUGCGAGGUGGUGCACGUCUACGAGUUCCUGCCGUCGCGGAGGAAGACGGAGCUCUGUCACUACUACCAGCGCUUCUUCGACGCCGCCUGCACGCUGGGCGCCUACCACCCGCUGCUGUACGAGAAGAACCUGGUGAAGAGGAUGAACCAGGGCUCCGACCGCGACAUCUACACACACGGGCGCAUCACGCUGCCCGGCUUCAGAAAGAUGAACUGCACCCAGGCUGCUGCUGGACGCCUGAAGGACCACUGAAAACACACACACACACACACACACACACACACACACACACACACACACACACACACACACACACACACACACACACACUGUAAAGCAGAACCCUGCAUGAAGAACACGCAACAACGAGGACAGACGCAUGAAAACCUCAAACUCACCGAACAAACAAACGCAAAUCACAAUAAAUAUCACAGACACACACUGGAGUCCAAUCAACUGAUAGAUGUGUCUGCUGUCCACACACACACACACAUAUACAGUAUCAUAUAUAUAUAUAUAUAUAUAUAUAUAUAACUCUAAACUAACCCUUGUCUCGAUUGUUAAAGGACGUCACUGCUGUUUUUGCAGAUUUUAGCCAACAAACAAAAACUGUGUAUUAAAUAUCCAUUUAUUUUAUUGGCUAGUUGUAUUAAUGUUAAACUUUCCAUAAAACGGAUGAUGAUAUUACAUACACACAAUUUAUUGUUUGUUGACUGAAACUGUACGAAAGAGCAGUUUGGUCUUUAACCCUGAUUCUGAUCUAAUCCUUAAACCAAAGUCUGAAUCCUGAACGAAUCAGAUUUGGACAAAUGGACCUGAUUCAGAUAAAUAUCUGCACUGAAGGAAAUCCGCCUGUACAGAGAAAUGUGACGUGUAAAUAUAUAUAUAUGCUUUAACAGAUUCAUCCGCGGUGAGGAGCUGUGUUCUCCUCACCCUUUCACUUUCACUUUGAGAAGCUUCACACGUUCUCUGGAUGUUCCCACAUGUUCCUGCUGCUGUGAACGAGUCGGACCCGGAACCAUCAACAUUUCAAAAUGAGGCUAAAGGAAAAAGAAAACCUCCAGAGGCACUGACUUCAAUAUUUGUGUUUGUUCAUACAGAAGCUCCAGAGCAUUUCAGGAACAUGUGACCUUCAUGAAACCAUCUUAAUACUGAUAGGCAGAUGGUUGUCAUGUGGUCGUGUCCUGUGCUGAAUCUGAACCAAUCAGAGCUCAGUCUCAACUCUGUUAUUGUUCUUCUAAUCAGCUCAGUUUUUUUUACCACAGAGCUUCAUAGUUUAUUCAGGAAGGAAACAGAGGAAACCAGGAGAACAUGUUUCUCUCUGAAGCGACACUGGUUCUCCUGCUCCUCCCUCUUCAGCCGUGUGCUGUGCUCUCACGUGGUUCAUGUGUUUUCUCACAGUUCUCCUGAGAACUCUUCCCUUGAUACGAGAACAAAAGGCCCCAGAAACAUAGAAGUGGCUUUAGUUAGGAUUUAAUAUUUAAAUAACUUUUGUUGUGUUAUUAGGACGUGAACUUGGAACAACAGCACGGUUGAUGCUUGUGUUCACUUUUCUUUACGUUAAUCUGAAAUCAAUGUUUUUGAUUUUCUUAUGAUUAAUUUCCUGAAGGGCCAUGAAAGUAUUAAAAAGCCGUAAAGAGAGCUUUGCACUUUUGUUAAUUAUUUAUUUUAUGUUCUGCUGCAGAUUUUGUCUCUCGGGCAACAAGCUGCCAUUUCCUCUGAGCAGAUUAAACCUUCAGACGCGACUCGGGCUGAAAAAGUCCUGAACCUGAUCAGACAAGACACAGGGAAGGAAAAACCUAUUAAAUAUUGUUUAUUAGGCUCUAAUGUUCAUUGAUAAUUCGGGCGUUUCUAUAUAACAUUUUCAAUAUAUUUAUAUAAAGGUCUCCAUAAAUCAAUUAUAAUAUGAGAAUGUAUUAGGAUACAGCAAUUGAUGUGGUUAUAUUUGGUUUUCUGCCAUUUCUAUGGAAAUAAUUUUAUGAAUAUUUCAUGAUUCACUGAAAUGUUAUUUAAUGAAGAAAAACGUCUUGAAGUACAUUUUUUGUCUAUUUGUUUUAUAGAACCUCAGACUUUUUUCUCCACCUCAUCCAGUUCCACCAGUGAUGAAAUUGUUUAUUAUCCUGCAGGCGUCAAAGUCCAAAACCCAGAAAGUACAAGUUCUUCUUCUUAUUAUUAUUUUUCUGUGUUGAAGGAGGAGCAAGUGAAAAACCUCUGAAAGAAAAAAAAAGUGAAUUUCAAACGUUAGAAGUGAGACCAUCGAUCAAUAAAGAACUAAAACAAAAUGAU